CCUGCGAAUUUGGGCACUCAGUUCAUCAACCCGGUCACAGGAAAAAAGCGCGUGCAGUGCAAUGUCUGCUUAAAGACCUUCUGUGACAAAGGCGCGCUCAAGAUCCACUUUUCCGCGGUACAUUUGCGAGAGAUGCACAAGUGCACCGUAGACGGCUGUAGUAUGAUGUUCAGUUCUCGCCGAUCUCGAAACCGCCACAGUGCCAAUCCGAACCCGAAGCUGCAUUCUCCCCACCUCAGGCGCAAAAUAUCUCCCCACGACGGGCGCACAGCUCAACCUCAUCCGUUGCUCUUACAACCACCGAACGGACUGAUGGCCGGUCUCAAUCCAUUUGGCAGCUUUCCGCUGCUCACACCACCGCCCGAUAUGAGGCACCAUCAAAUGGCCAGCAUGCACGACAUGAAACACGGCUCAGCUGAAUUUAUGCACCGUUCAUACAUGGACAGCGCCAUGUUGGGACGCUUUGACACACGCUCUCGUCACCGACAAGGCAGUGAGGGCCAGUUGGACGAUGACGAAGAUGAUAGCAUAUUGGAUGGCGGCAUUCACAUAGGCGACGACGACGACGACGACGAUGAUGACGAUGACGAGGGAGAGGGUAUUGUGGUGGUGGGUGAUGAAGGUGACAGUAUUUUGGAGAAAACCAACUCAGAGGACUACAACACCGAUGGCGGCGGAGACGACGCCUCCGAUGUAGAAGACAACAGUCACGAUAUGGAUCUCACCUCACCUUUAACGACUGACUACAAGCAUACCAAAGAACCAUCUUCCAGUAAAGUACCGAGCGGUGACCGCGAUGCCGAAUCGGGCGUGGCUGAGCAGCACAGUAGCGAGAGCAACGACGACUCACUUAGUGUAACCGAUUCGUUCAGUAUGCGGGGCGACUUUGAGAGUUCUACCUUUCCGGGCGUGGGUAGUGGCGGUAGCAGCAGCGCUGCAAACACACCUGGCUCCACAUCGAAUAAACGCAAGCGAAAGAGUCAGAACCCAGUUCGAUGUACUGUGCAAUCGGAUGAAAACUCCUGUGAUAACUCCAACGAAUACGAUUUAGUCGCCGAUUUGUCGGUAAAAAAAUCAGUUCCAGAAACGUGUUUUGAGGACAACGAAACAAAGGGAGACGAUUCCCAAGACAAUGCAUCACUGGAUUUGACCAAAAGAACCCGAAAGUCUGAGAGCCCAGGUCCAACAGUGGUCAACUCAAACGCCACCGAGAGUACAAAAGUUCUUCCGUCACCACCGCUGACACCAUCUACGUCGACUAGCGAACCAACGGCAACGGCACGCCAACAUCUAUUUUCAAGCACUCAACUGAAGUCAGAGCCAAUAGACGUUGAAUAUGAACGACAGCAAAAUAUUCAGAAUGGAACUGACUCAAGCCAACCGCAAGUGCAAGAACACUCAUUGGACCUAUCUGCCGCACACAGAAGGAAAUCGGAAGUAAAUGAUGUGAAUGCCACAUCCACAGCGACCGCUGAAAUGCCACAACUCACGAUUAAGCAGGAACUCAUCGAAGGACCACCUCUAGAAACAACAACAAAUUCAACUCCGGAGGAAAUUGAAAGUAAGCUUGUGAAAAUAAAGAGCGAGCUUUUAGAUGUAGAUGAGAGCAAAAUGAACAUAUCAAGCGCAGAACCAGAAUGUCAAAUUAAAAAUAAUAACAACAAUAUUCUUCCGCCAAAGGCUGCAUUAAAGUGUAGAGAAACGUUCGACAUUCCUACGGCGCCAGUUGAAUCCCUUCGGCAGCAAGCCGGCGAAGAAACGCAUACCGAUUUUCUGACUGAGGAAGCUGAGGUACCCAUCGACAAAGACAACCCGCUAAAAUGCACGGCUUGCGGAGAGGUGUUCCAGAAUCACUUCCACUUAAAAACUCACUACCAAAAUGUACACCUUAAGCUGCAUCACAAAUGCAACAUCGACGGUUGCAAUGCUGCUUUCCCUUCGAAACGAAGCCGAGAUCGUCACAGCUCCAACCUAAACCUGCAUCGCAAAUUACUCUCCACAGGCGAUAAUCACCAUCACGAUUCUCUACCCGAACACAUGGUGACGAACAAUAACAAAGCUUUUAGCAACGCCACCAAUUCCAACUGCACUAUACCGAACUCAAUACAAGCCGAAUUCCUAGCACGCCUCUAUGCUGGCUCCCACGGCUUGCCGCCGCUAAGCUUCGACACACUGAAACAACACUUGCCGACGGCAAUGCCACCUGCGCAAAACUUCCCAGAAGCAGCUUUCAUGGCUGAUCCGCGACUUCUGCUCAAUCACCCAAGCAAUCCGCUACUAUUUCCCGGUCUAACCGGGCUUCCAGGCUUCCCACACUUGGCACCUCAUCUGCUCGCAGCCCCAUUCAAUGGCCUUAAUCCGUUCUGCCGGCGCUCUUCAUCCGAAUCGCAUUCGCCACACUCCACCCCGCCCCCAUCGACAGCGACGCGAUCACCACACUGCUCACCACACAGCGGCGGACAACCCCCGCCAAAAACCGUAUCCGAGCGAUCCUACCCAGGCUCGCCGUCAGACUGCGAGUUCAAUGCGGCAUCACCGGCAGCGGUGACUGACAGGGCGAACCCAACUCAGCACCUACACCAACCACCACAACAACGCCAGACACCCGACAGGAUCUCAUGACCGUAUGCGACGCGCUACGCGGAAAUGAUGGCUUACCGACACUGAUACGGUCGGGGAUCCGAGUGGCCGAGCGAAAGAGUGGGGGAGUAGUGGCAGAUUCAGCAAAGCGUUCACUGUCUUGAGGUGCAAUAUUAUCUGGUGCUGCUGAUUGAGCGAACAAAAAAAAACACACACCACGCAACAGUUAUGUAUGUAAAUACGAUAAACCAACUCCAGCUAUUUAUUAUACGAGUAAAUUUUAAUUUAAUCCAUAGCGUGUACUGUACUGUACUGUAGUUUGUAGGACGAAAGAGAUAGUUACAUAUAUCGGACACACUCGCGUGUUCUUAGAUUACCAAAAGUGAUAUGGCAAUUACAUACAUACAUAUUUCGAAAUUAUAAAUAAAAUCGUGUAUUAAAAAUUUAAUAGUUUAGAACGAAACCACAUAUGAUAGAUGUAAAAAAGUAUUAAGAGAUUGUGUAAAGGUAGUAGCCGAUAUGCAAUUGCGAGUAGAAAAAUUUAUUGAAAUGCUACUUUUUCAUUGUGCUUUUUUGGCGACAAAACAUGGUGCGAAAUAUCUUUGCGCUAUCAUUUGAACAUCUUUCAAUGGCGCAAAACAUCAGAUAAGGUGACAGUAAUGCCCUUCUUAGUCGUAGAAAUGGCAUAAUGAAGAUCAGAUGAAAAACUUUCUGGGCGAAGCACAUUUCGUAGUGUAUGUAUUCAUAUGUGUGCAAUGAUAUUGAAAUAGGUAUAAGUCGAUCCGAUAUUGCUCAAAAAUGUGUAUUCAACAAUUUACUUUGAUAUUACUUUCCUGUAAACUGAAGUGUAAAUAUGUACGAUUGCAGUAAAUAAAUUAUCUUUAGCUUCCACGAGUGCUACUUGAUUAACCUAAGUUUAAAUAUCGGUUUUGUACACAUUACCUCGCCAUAAUAUCUACGAAUUCGUUGCAGAGCGGCACGGCCCCUGAAUCGUGUUUCGAUUCGUUGGCUUUUUAUUGACCAUCAUUCGAUCGCGGGUGGGUAUACCCGGAGCAAACUGUUGGAGCAUCUCCUAUAACUACACUCAAUGCCACAGUGUAAGCAUUGCAUAAGCUCCCGCCGUCGUUAUAGCAUAUUUAAGGCUUUAAUAAUUUUCAGACGAGCUUUGGGUUAAACUUAU